AUGGCAGGGGUAGCAAAGGAGGCCGUUGUGCCAAUCGAGGCCGUUCUUCUAGGACUAGCCGUCGUCCUCGUUCUUGCGCGCUUAUGGCUUCGUCUGGUGCGACAACAUCAGAAGCUGACCAUCAGUGAUUGGAUUCUUGUAGUUUCUUUGCUCGAUGCUACCGCCCUAUUCACGACCGAUACUAUGGCGUAUAACCUUGGAGGAAUGGACGAAUACGACCCUGACGCUCCUGACGCUCCCAUUGAGGAACAGAUCUUGUUGAUGAAAGUUGCCUUUGCUGGGAAUUACUUUUACGAUACUGGCAUUUACUUCCCAAAGAUCGCGUUGCUUGCCUUCUACUUCAAGCUGAUUCCGCCAACAAUGCCGUUCCUUCGAAAGGCGCUCUACGGCGUGAGUGCUCUGACGAUAUCUUUCGCAGUGACGACUUUCUUUCUGGAUACCUUUUGGUGUGGCUCUGAUGUUUCUAUCAAUUGGGACGCAGAGGGAAGCUGCAGUACCUAUGACUCGAAAGAUGUUUUCCGCAUCGAUUGGGCCAUGAACUUUGUGUCGGAUGUGCUGAUUUUCACCAUUCCAUUUCCUCUCUUAUUCGGUCUUCAACUCAGCGGCAGAUACAUCAUCGGACUUGCCGCCACAUUUUCCACCGGCAUCAUCACGAUAGGGGCCAGUGUUGGAAGAUUUGCUACUGUAGAAGCCAUAAACGCAUGGACAAACGUCUAUGUGCUUUCCAUGACGGAAAUCGCGGCCGCAAUUAUUGUCGUGUCUCUACCCGCCUUGAAGUCGCUUCUUCAUCGCAGAGGGCUGCCUACCUCAAAGUAUGGGACCGGGCAAACUUUGUCAGCAGGGCGGGCAUUUGACAAGCAGCCAACAAAUUUCAGUCGAAGUCACAUCAAGCUGUCCUCGGGAAGGGAGCCGUAUGUGGCGACAGCGACAGCGGUUCCCGAGGAGGAGUCAGGCAGCGAGGUGGAACUGACCAAUCUCGAGGGAUCGAAUGUGAUCUACAAAUCCGCUCGAGUGAGCGUGACAUACCAACGACGAGAGGACAUAUCCGAAUGGAUUCUGUUGGCAGCAUCCUACGUGUUCGUCGGCCUGCGACUUUGCGCCCGGCUGUUCCGGCUGCGAGAGAAGCUAGCUUGGUCUGAUAUUCUUCUUGUUCUCUCUGCUAUCAACGCUCUCGCAUUGAUCAUAUGUGAUACCCUGACCUUCCAACUCGGCGUCAUGGAUCACUGGGAGUCUUCUGUUGCUCUGUCCAAGAUCUCCUUCGCGUCCAACUACUUCUACGAUGUCGGAAUGGGCUUUCCCAAGAUGAGCAUGCUGGCAUUCUACUGGGCCUACUUCCCCUCAACUACGAGCCCGAUAAUGCGCAAGGCACUUUGGGGCAUCACUGCUUUUGUCUGCCUUUCGUACAUGGCUAUACUCUGGGAUGACACAUUCUUCUGUGGCAAAGACGUUUCGGUGCAGUGGUCGCAGGAAGAUGGCGCAUGCAGCGUCUUUUACGCGCCGGAGCCCUUUAUCCUCAACUUCACUCUCAACCUCGCUUGCUACCUCUGCGCAUCUCUAGUCUAUGUCCUUCCUUUGACUCUGUUGAUUCAAGGUGUCCUCGAGCGAUCCAUCGGUCUAACUCUUACUUUCGUUCUUGGUACCUUGACCAUCAUGACUACUAUCGUUCGCUUUAUCACCCUGAAGGUUGGCACUGGUCAGGAGAACUUGGUUUAUCCCCUGAGUAUCCUCGAAAUGACGCUCGCCAUUACCGUUGUGGCACUUCCAGGCUUGAAGCCUCUGCUUGACCGAAAAUCUACGAAGUCGUCGGUCGAAACAGUCCAGAUUGACCACGAGAGCAAGAACUUCUCAUCAUGA